AUAACCGGUAAAUCGGAUUGAACGAACGCAACGCGGCGUGUGGUUGUCACCUGUGCUUUUUCGGUUAUACUUUUACCGAGCUUCAUUUUUUUUUUGUUUACGUUAUUUCGAAUUUAAAAGUUUCACCGAGUCGGUUGUUUUAAUUUCACGUGUUUUUCUUCUUAGUAGUUUUAGUCUUAGUACGUCAAAGUGUUUAAGUUUAUUGGUUUUGGAUGAAAAAAAUGACUUUGUAAACAAGUUUUUAGUGCCCUUUUUUGGAUUACUUUCACUGAGGGCUGGUAGACAGGUGCAGGUUUGAUUACCCGCUGGUGAUGAUGAACAUCAAAAUCCAAUAAUCUUCAAGUUUCCUAAUCAGUUUUCUUUUUCCUCCACAACCAUUAAGAAAAAUGUUGCUUACUUACCCACCUAAGCUACCGCUAAAGCACAACCGAAAACCCAAACAAAUCAGACGAUUACUAAUAAAAUUUAAGUGAAACUCUGCCUCGCAGUGCCAUCUAUGAACGGUUACAAUCACUACAUUUCCAGUAACGAUGAAUGCGGGCCAAACAGAUCCCGCGAGGCGACAUCGACGGCGUCGCCAUCUCGCGGCAUCAUGACCGAUUGGGAAGGAAUGUGGCUGCGGGCGCUCGCGCGUCCCCCGCACUCUAGAUCGCUGCAAGACUUACAAGUGAUUUAUUACGGGCUUAGCGGGUUGGAGGCGCUGCAGUCGCUUAGGGAUUCGAAUUUACGCGCCCUUUGUAAAGUGGUGCGGUAUGAGAGGCAUUUGGCCAACGACGUCUUGUAUUACACCGGCGAACUGUCGACAUGUUGGUACAUCCUGUUAAGCGGCUCUGUAUUCAUCGAUGGUUCCAUGUUUCUUCCUCGAACAAGCUUCGGAAAACGUACAGGUGGAAGCGCCCGGAGGCAAAACGAAUGUUUUGUCCUCGAACCGUCUGAGAUGAUUGUCAUCGACUAUCCAGAUAUAGAUCAAUCUAGAAGAGUACAGAACUCCCCUGUAAUGGACCACCAGCAGCACAGACCUAUUAACAUAAUGUUUGAUGACCCUUACGGCGGCCACGGUGGCCAUAGCAACAUUCCUCGACCCAGCCUAUACCACAAAUGUUCACGUGGCUCUCAUUCUUCUGAUACCUCAUCCGCUUACAGCGGUAGCGACACCAUGGCGUCCACCCAUUCCGAAUUGGACGGAGAUGAACCGGAUUUGUCCGGUUUAGUGGAGAGUAUCGUGGACAGCGAUGAAGAAGACGAUCUGGCAGAGAGUAUGGACAGUUUAACCGUGAGGGAUAGAGUACGGGACUGUUUAGAAAAAGAACCCUCCGAGAGGACUGAAGACGACAUUGAAACUUUGCUGGAGUUCACUCAACAUCUAAAAGCGUUCAACAAUAUGACUUUGGCUGUUCGACGAGCACUUUGUGCGGUUAUGGUGUUCGCUGUUGUAGAAAAAGCCAACACUAUUGUAAUGAAUGAUGGAGAAGAGUUAGAUUCAUGGUCGGUCCUGGUGAACGGAACGGUGGAAAUAGUGAUAUCCGGUGAAGAAAAUCAAACUUUGACAAUGGGUGAUGCCUUCGGUAUUUUACCAACAAUGGACAAAUUGUAUCAUAAAGGGGUUAUGAUAACCAAGUGUGACGAUUGCCAGUUUGUUUGUAUAACACAGUCGGAUUACUACAGAAUCCUUCAUCAAGGCGAAGAAAAUACUCGACGUCACGAAGAAGAUGGAAAACUAGUCAUGGUAACGGAGCUAAGAGGUUCCACCGAAUCCGGCUCAAACCGGCGUGGUCACGUGGUAAUACGCGCCACCCCGGAACGUCUUAUGCACCAACUAAUCGAGGAAAAUUCUCUCACUGAUCCCACUUACGUCGAGGACUUUCUACUUACCCACAGGGUUUUUACCCCGAGUCCCCUCUAUAUCGCUAAUCAGCUACUUAACUGGUUUAAAGACCACGAAGUUAGAGAUAGAGUCACAAGGGUGGUACUACUAUGGGUGAACAACCAUUUUACGGAUUUCGAGACCGAUCCUGAUAUGAUCGAGUUUCUGGAAACUUUCGAACAGGGCUUGGAGAACGAAAACAUGGGCGGCCAAUUGAGGUUAUUGAAUAUCGCUUGCAGGGCGAAGGCGCGAAUUAGGAACGUCGUGCUGGCCAGACCCAACAGGGACGAACCGUUAAGUUUUCAGAUUCUCGGCGGUUUCGAGAGGAAUUUUGGGAUUUUUAUUUCGAAGGUGGAUAAGAAAUCGAAAGCGGAAGAAGUGGGACUGAAGAGGGGUGAUCAGAUAUUAGAGGUGAACGGGCAAAGUUUCGAACACGUGUCGUUAGCAAGAGCGCUGGAGAUAUUAAAAGGAACGACGCAUCUGAGUAUUACCAUCAAGUCAAAUUUAUUGCACUUUAAGGAAAUGUUAAAUACGCCUGAUAAUUCUCCGAGGCCCAGAAGCAGGAAGGUGUCAGAAAUAGCCAAAAUCCAACAUGAUCCAAGAGCAAGGCUGUCGACGAUCGAAGGCAACAUUAUAUUGGGCCACGAUACUCCCUGUUCUCAGCCAGUGACCAUAAAUAGCCCUCAAAAAGAAAUUAAAAAACCGAUGUUCUCCACUAUGGGCACAAAGAAGAAGCUGCAUAAAGCCCUGAUGAAAAUUAACUUAUUACCAAAAAAUCUUAUAAGUAUUGGCACAGACCAAGUGGACAGUUUUAACCCCGUCUCGAAUCUAACCAGUAAUAUAUAUCAAUCUCAAAGCAAUCCAGACUUAAUGUCAAUAUGCUACGACGAUCUAAGAUGCAUGGAUUAUCCUGAACACGUUUUAAAAGUAUUUAAACCGGACCAAAGCUACAAAUAUCUCCUAAUUCACAAAGAGACCACCGCCCACGAGGUGGUAAUGCUCGCCCUCCAAGAAUUCGGCAUGACCGAUCCCAGUUCCAACUUCAGUUUAUGCGAAGUCUCGGUGACCGAUACGCAGACGAUCAAGCAACGCCGACUGCCCGAUCAACUGCAAAAUCUCGCCGAACGUAUCGGUCUUAGCAGCAGAUAUUACCUGAGGACGAACGGCAUUACCGAAACGUUGGUUCCCGAUGAGCUGGCCCCCGAACUAGUUAGGGAAAGCGCGGUACACUUUUUGCAAUUAAACGCUGUGGAGGUGGCGAUCCAAUUAACUUUACAAGAUUUCAACAUAUUCAGGCAAAUAGAGCCCACGGAGUAUAUAGACGACUUAUUUAGGUUAAAAUCGAAAUAUGGAACGCCCAUGUUGGAACAGUUCGAAGCUUUAAUAAAUAAGGAAACUUUUUGGGUGGUCAGCGAAGUUUGUAAGGAACAGAAUCCAGUAAGAAGGAUGAAGAUUAUUAAGCAGUUUAUUAAGGUUGCAAGACAAUGCAAAGAAUGCAAAAAUUUCAACUCGAUGUUCGCAAUAGUGAGCGGCUUGGGCCACGGGGCUGUGACGAGACUAAGACAAACGUGGGACAAAUUACCCGGCAAAUAUCAAAGGAUUUUCAAUGAUCUUCAGCAGCUUAUGGAUCCUUCCCGGAAUAUGAGCAAAUACAGGCAGUUAGUGAGUGCUGAGCAGACUCAGCCGCCUAUUAUUCCAUUUUAUCCUGUCGUAAAGAAAGAUCUUACUUUUAUCAACGACGGAAACGACUCCCACGUGGAAGGAUUAGUGAACUUUGAAAAACUUCGAAUGAUAGCCAAAGAAGUUCGAUCGCUGAGCAACAUGUGUAGCAGCCCCUACGAUCUCUUAACCAUGUUAGAACUCGGCGGGCAGCCCGCUAGCAACGCUAUGGUGGCUUUAAAUCAGAUGACGACCGCCAGUUCUCAAUAUCACACCCAAGGUCAAGCGACAGUAAAAAGGCGAAAAAAGUCAACAGCAGCACCAAACCCUAAAAAAAUGUUUGAAGAAUCUCAAAUGGUGCGCAGAGUAAAGGCUUAUCUCAAUAAUUUGCAUGUAGAAAUUGACGAGAGGAAAUUGCACGAGAUGUCAAUUGAAUGUGAAGGAGCCGCCACAGGCAGUUUUUCAGGACCCGGCAGUCAAAGAGGCAAAAGACACGCGUCUCCUGCCCCAUCCACUACCAGCAGUACAAGCAGUGCCAGUGACGAAAGAAAACCAUCAGCUAAAUUCGGUUCAGCUUCACCUCAAGCAGUUAGAAAGCUACUGGCGUUGUCCGAACCCGCAAAGGCCAGGCCCCAUCAGCCUAGGCAACCUCCCUCGCAUGGCGUGCCUAUUAACCAACCUAGUCCCGCCGUACGACGGGCACCUAGUGCCACAGGAAGUUACUCGAGUUACGGUUCUCACAGCUCAAGCAGUUCGGGCGCAGGAGGCCGAGCGAUGCACGAGCGAUCCCACUCGGACACACCCACGCCGCUCCCGUCUGUGACGCUGUCUGCCGAAAGCAGUAGCGUUACGUCGCUCAGCAAUUUACCUCUAAGGAAAACUGUCACUUCUGGUUCGGUCACUUCUUCAGAUUCGGGACACAGCACGAUUAGUCAAAUGACGACGGGUUCUACGGGCGAAUGCCACCCGUACCACCAAGCGCGAUGCCCGAGUCCCUCUAGACAUUCCACCGUCUUGCCAGCUGGCUGGUUUCCUACGCGAACUGGUGCUAUUCCGCCUUGUCCCCAAGCUGUGGCCGUAUUGCCCCCUUUACCCCAUGCUUUGCGCAAUGGUGCUAACAGAAGACAACCUCCCUCUUAUAGUGUGGCCGCUCACAUGGCUCGACUAAAUAGACUCGGCAAAGCCCAUUCUCACGAAGGGGUUACUCAGGGAUAUAAUUAUAAUACGGAUCCUGAUACGGAUCAAGAAGAUGAGGAGACCCAAGUAUCAGCAGUGUAAUUGGAGAUUACUAAAACCCGCGGAGUAAUUUCACAAUAAUUUACAGUGACAAACAAAUAUUAUUUAGGCGUUUAAAUGGAACAAUUUAGGGUUAUUAAAUAAUAUGCAUGGGAAUAAAUAUUGAUUGAUUUUCAAUCUUACACUUAUUAAACAAUAAUAUGAUAUUGUUUAAUAUACGUACUCGCUUUUCUUUAUGUAUAAGUUCUGCUAUUUUUGUGACUGUAUAACCCUUUGGCAUUGUUGCAACUGUAAAUGGCAUUUAGUGCUCUCAUUUUGAAAACAAGAGGUUAUGUUUAACGUUGCUCCUGAAUAUUAUAAGUACCUGAAUUUAAAUUCGUUACAUUUCCCUACUUUUGUUUAUAUUUUUCCUUCAACAUAUUUUUGAUUAUCUGUUGCUGACGUGUAAAUACUUUCAAAAUGUGAAAACGAUUUUGUUUUGCCUCCAGAUCAGUAUUUUGUAUACUUUAGUUUUUUUGUAUAGUUAUUUAAUGAUGGGGAUAAAAGGUGUAUAUAUUUGCAUCCAGUAUACUUUUUUUUAAAUGAAAACAUUAUUUUAUUAGACUGUAACCAAGUUAUUAUUAUUAGUAAUCAAAGAAAUGAUGUCUUUGCUACUGCAUUAGUUUUAGCAUUUGGCACUCUUAUUGGUAUGACUGUAAAGUUUUUCUAUGUAAAUGCUCCUUUAUAUAA